UUUUACGUCCGUCACGGUUGGUUUUCGUUGUUUUUCUGUUCCAUUUCCUACUCCCGUCCACCCGAACGGUGCAGAUUGUUAGUUACUGGUUUCGUAACCGGCCGCCGUGCGUUCAGUCUGUCAAUUUUUUUAUCAUCAYCCGCGGAACGCGUCUUUCGUCGCAGUCACCGUCGUUCGUUCACUCCGCACUCGCAGUUCACACUUAGUACUCACUCACACACAAACACACACAUACAAACUCGCGCGCGCCGUUCUCGCCUGGUUGGAUUUAUCUAUUUUCCACGCGUCCGCGAGUCCGAACCAAGUCGGCCGUGCCGUACACGUCUCCGCGUCAACCGACCGACAUCCUUAACGCCUGACCGUUGUCYAAGUCGCUGUCUCACGUCGGCGUUACUCUCGUUUGGAUUUUCGUCGUUUGUCGCACUACGUAACCUACAGCCAUGAGUACCUUGUCAGAAACAAAUCCUAUUUACGGGCCGUUCUUCGGCGUCAUGGGCGCGGCAUCGGCCAUCAUAUUCAGCGCUCUUGGUGCUGCAUAUGGUACAGCAAAAUCCGGAACCGGUAUUGCCGCCAUGUCAGUAAUGAGGCCGGAACUUAUUAUGAAAUCCAUUAUUCCCGUUGUCAUGGCUGGUAUUAUUGCUAUAUAUGGUCUUGUAGUAGCUGUCCUAAUAGCAGGAGCUCUGGAAGAGCCCUCUAAAUACUCCUUGUUCAAGGGAUUCAUUCAUCUUGGUGCUGGCCUUUCCGUAGGCUUCAGUGGUUUGGCUGCUGGUUUCGCAAUUGGUAUUGUUGGCGAUGCUGGUGUCAGAGGCACGGCCCAACAGCCCAGAUUAUUCGUAGGAAUGAUCUUGAUCCUAAUUUUCGCAGAAGUAUUGGGAUUGUACGGACUGAUUGUUGCAAUUUACCUAUACACCAAAUAAACAAUUUUCCCUCUGAAUAAAUAUAAAAACAAAACAAAACAAAUUUUUUUUUGUAACAAAAAAAAUAAAAAUAAACCGUGAACACCCAAACGAUGCCCAGUUGUUAAUUCAAACAAUAUACUACCAUAUUAUUAUAAACAUUUUAGUUGAAAGGAAAUCAAACUUUUUGUGUCCUUACGCCACUCACCCUAAUAGUUAUGUAUAUCCUUCCUUCCUCCAGCUUUCUGAACCAUUUUUCCAUUCACGUAGCAAAAUAAAUAAUUAUCUUAAACUAUUUAAAUACGUAUAUUUAAAUAAAAUAAAAUGAUGGCCAUCUCAUGUAUCAAACGUUAUAUUUUGUGUUUUAUUAUUAUUAUUAUUAUUGACUUUUUUUAUGUUCAAUGAGUUGUAUUAUUAAUUGUUGUUCCCCCUCUCACUUUUAAAUGUUACUUAACAAGAGGGGACUACCCUCAAACAUUAAGUACUCUAUGCGAUGUGAUGCAAUCUAAACUUAGACAAGUGUGCGAUUGUUCUCCAUCUUAUCGAGUAACAUACACUAAUAAUAAUAAUAAUAAUGAUAAUAAUAUAUUAAAUUAUUUAAAUUAAUAUUAUUGCAGUUCAGCACAAAUAUUGUAGCUGUACAAUUUAUGAAAACUCGUAGUUAAAGUAUUAUUGUUUGUUUUUUUUUUUAAUAAUUUUUUUUUUACAUUUAUUGUAAAAUAAAAGCAGGCUUACAUGGU